AUGGUCGACGGUUCUCAGGCUUGGCAAUUUAUUGACCGUAGAAUAAUAAACAGAAAUAAAAAAUCAGGAAGAAAAUUGUUUGGACCAAAGAACAAGAACACCAGUUGGAAUAAUAAUAAUAACGACGGAGUUGAGACCCAGAUCGAUAAAUCGAGCAACCACCCUGGGACUAAGAGGAUCGAACGAAAACCUGAAUAUACUACCAAAAAGGACGAUCAACUACUAAAAGACAGGACAAAAUCGCCGUCGCAGAAUAAAUUUGAGCUGCUGCAGAACUUUGAAAACCAGAACAACAAUGGCGAAACAGAUGAAAUCGAAGAAGACGACGAACAAUACACACGUGGCAAGGGCGCGUGGGAAAAUAAUCAUUAUUCUCAGAUGGGCGGUGACAGCUACCCAAUAGACAAAAAACAGCAAAAGACAAACGAAGAAUAUUCCAAAUCUCCUUUGGGAAAUACAAAGGAAAACUCAAACACGCAAGUAUUAAUGUUUCCCGAGGGUGCGACGUUUCAAAACCCUAAUUCAGAUGACGUCACUCAACACGCCAGCUCUACAGUACUACCCACUAACUUGAAAAAUGACGAUUUAUAUUCCAUGCAAGGUGAUUUAAUUUUUCCACACCCCUCAACCCCUCACACACCACUUCAGCAACCUUCACUGCACAAUGACUCCCAACACUCCCCCCUUAUCUCCACCACACCGGCACCACUCCCCACCAACCACUCUGCAACUUCUUCCCCAAGCCCCGGUCAUGGAAAGUCCCCCUCCGAUCGUGGAGAAUGGCUUCCCGACCUCUCCAGUGACCCCACAUAUCCACCAGGCUUCGAACCUGUUUUUGAAUUCCAGUCGAACCCCACGAGCUCCUUCUCCCCUCCUCCUAAACCUAAAUCCAGAACAACUAGGUCAUCCACUCGGCCACCUCCCAAAUCGCAACCAAAUGAUAAUGGUGGGUCCCCACACCUAUGUGAUCCAACCCUACCACCAGAAUCCUCACUUCUUUGUAAACCCACCUUCAACAGCAAGGAUGUUGGUGGAUCUGGCACAAGAAAGAGAGCCAUUCGUCAGGGGAAGAGAGUAUCAGUUCCGAAUGAUCCUACUCCCACUAAACAAUCUAAACGGCCCGGGGCCAUUCACGACCUCGUUGUUGAACCCAAACGACAAUUCCAUGCCGAUUCCAGGCAUGAUAGGGUCCUCGUCCCGAACUUACAACCCUCCACACACCCAAAUGAGAAUCCUUUCAUGGAAUAG